AUGGCGCGCCGCCUCAGUCACCAUGACUACACGGUCGGGUGGGUGUGCGCCUUGCCGAACGAGCUGACUGCCGCGCAGGAGAUGCUUGACGAAGAGCACCAAGACCCUCCUCCGAAUCACAAUGAUACAAAUAUGUACACGCUAGGGUCCAUAAGGGCCCACAAUGUCGUCCUGGCGUGUCUGCCUGCAGGCCAGACGGGUACCAACUCCGCUGCGGCAGUGGCCAUGCAGAUGAAGACCACGUUCCCAGCCAUUCGAUUUGGGCUGAUGGUGGGAGUCGGAGGCGGCGUUCCAGGCAAAGAAGGAGAGAUUCGGCUUGGCGACGUUGUUGUCAGCCAGCCGGGAAACGGUCAUGGCGGGGUGGUGCAAUACGACUUUGGAAAGUCAACGCCAGGCGGGUUCAAGCGGACGGGGUUCCUCAACGCUCCACCCACGAUCCUCCUCGCCGCCGUUACGAAGCUUCAAUCAAACCUAGACCGAGGGAGAAGUAGUCUAUCACCGCACCUGUCAAAGCUUGGUAACCUCCCCAAGUUCAGCCGCGAUCAAGCAGGAAGCGAUGUGCUGUUCGAAGCGGAGUACAAUCAUGGUGGAGAGGAUAGCUGUCUAUCAUGUACGACCGGGAAAAUGAUACAGAGAAAUGAACGGGCGAACAAUACACCGAUGAUCCACUACGGUACAAUCGCAUCGGGGAACCAGGUAAUGAGGGACGGUGUAGAACGGGACAAGAUCAGCUCAGAAUUCGGAGGAGUUCUCUGCUUUGAGAUGAAGGCGGCCGGCCUGAUGAAUACUUUCCCGUGCCUGGUGAUCUGCGGAAUCUGCGACUAUGCUGACUCGCACAAGAACAGGAGAUGGCAGCCGUAUGCGGCAGGAACAGCAGCGGCAUACACGAAGGAGCUGCUAGGAGUGAUACCGGCAGCGGAUGUGGUGAACACAAAAACGGUCGAUGAAGCACUACGAGAGGCGAAGCGUAGUUUCUACCUCCCCUUGCAACGAAACCAUAAGUUUGUCGGUCGAAGUGCAGAACUCGAUACGCUGAAACAAAAGCUCCUUGUGAAGAAAGAUUGCCGGAAGGUGGCUCUCAGCGGCCUUGGUGGUAUCGGUAAGACGCAAGUCGCGCUACAGUUUGUAUACUCGGUUAAGGAGGACUGUCCAGAAUUCUCCAUCUUCUGGGUACAAGCUUUGAGUAUGGAGACGUUUGAGUGGGGCUGCAGGGAAAUAGCAGGAGCAUUAGGGAUACACCAGGGACAAGAGAGUAGUGAGGACGUGAAAAUCUUAAUGCGGCAAUAUCUAUGUGCAAAGACCGCAGGAAAGUGGUUGCUAAUUGUUGACAACGCUGACGAACUUGACUUACUUCGUGGGACCCAUCAAACAGAAGGCUUGCUAUCCUUUCUGCCAGAAAGCGAGGAUGGCCUGACUAUGUUCACGACGCGACAUGGAGCCGUAGCGCAAUACCUGACAGGCAGCGACGUGGUUGAGAUAGGAAAGAUGACGAGACAGGAGACAACGGAUGUGUUAGAGAAGUCAUUAGUUCGAAAGAGCCCUUCUGACAACUCUGAAACUGUGAUAAACCUUCUCACAGAGCUGGAAUACCUUCCAUUAGCUAUUACCCAGGCGGCAGCAUAUAUAAACACAAAUAAAAGCUCCAUCUCCGAGUAUUUGCGUCUAUUAAAGAAGACAGAGGAUGAUGCUGUUGCACUCAUGAGCACGGAUUUCGGCGAUACAACACGAUAUCAGAACUUGACUAAUGCAGUCGCGAAGACAUGGAUAAUCACCUUUAACAAAAUUCUUGAAUGCGAUAUGCUAGCGGCAGGUCUCCUUGCAUUUAUAUCUUGCAUUGAGUGGAGAGCGAUCCCAUACUCUAUUUUACCAGCAGCUUAUCCCGAAGCACGGCUGAUAGGGGCCAUCGGUACACUCUGUUCCUACUCAUUUCUGGAGAGAAGAGACAAUGACACUAAGCUCGACAUGCAUAGGCUAGUCCACUUGGCGACCAGGAUGUGGGUAAAUCAGAACGGCCGUGAAGCAGAGACAAGAAUAGCGGCAUUGAAACACCUCUCGGAAGUCUUUCCCUCCAACGAUUACACUAAUCGUGAGAUCUGGCGGGAUUACCUGCCGCAUGUGGCACGCAUAGAGAAGGAUGAGCGAUGCCAAGAUACAGAAGAGAAGAGCGAGCUCUGUCUAAAGGUCGGGCGGUGUUUAUAUGUUGAUGGGCGGAUGAAAGAAGCCGUUCUCUGGCUACAGAAGACUUGCGUGUGGAGGGAUAGAAAUCUUCCCCAAGAUAACGCAUAUCGGCUGUUAUCGCAGCACGAGCUUGCUAUAGCAUAUCAAGCAGACGGACAGGUCAAGGAGGCAAUUAAGCUGCUAGAGUAUGUUGUUGCGAUAAGUACAGAAGUACUUGCAGAAGAUCAUCCUGAUCGACUGGCGUCGCAGCACGGGCUUGCUGUAGCAUAUCAAGCAGAUGGACAGGUCAAGGAGGCAGUCCAACUGCUAGAGCAUGUUGUCCACACAGAAGCGGAGGUGCUCGCAGAUGACCAUCCCUCACGACUGGCAUCGCAGCAUGAGCUCGCUGUAGCAUAUCAAGCAGAUGGACAG